AUGUUUGAUUUCCUCAUGAGGUUGUUAGAUUCUAGAUCUUCAAGAUUGGGACCAACACAUGCACUUAGAUCUGUACAUGCUGAUUAUAUUGGUGGAAUUAACUCUAAUUUCAGAAAAUGGUAUUUUGCAGCACAAUUAGAUAUUGAUGAUUUUGUUGGGUUUGAUAAUGUCAACAAAAAUGGUAAAGUUAAAGGUUCCGAUGAACCAAUUCCAACUUUAGAACAAGCCGAAAUGCAAUGGUCUACUAAUAUGCUUGCUUUAUCACCAACUGAUUCUGUGAUUCAGCUAGCCUUGUACCUUUUAAUUUGGGGUGAAGCAAAUAAUAUUAGAUUUAUGCCUGAAUGUAUAUGCUUCAUAUUCAAGUGUUGCAAUGAUUUCUAUUUUUCAAUUGAUCCUGAUACCCCAGUUGCAACAGUCACUCCUAGUUUUCUUGAUCAUAUUAUCACUCCAUUGUACCAGUUUUACCGGGAUCAAUCGUAUGUACUUGUUGAUGGGAAAUAUCACCGUCGCGAUAGAGAUCAUGAAUCGGUUAUUGGGUACGAUGAUAUGAAUCAAUUGUUUUGGUACAGUAAAGGGUUAGAAAAAUUAAUACUUGCUGACAAGAAAACCCGGUUAAUGAGCCUUCAACCAGGCGAAAGAUACGAGAAGUUGAAUGAAGUCUUGUGGAAUAAAGCUUUUUAUAAAACCUUUAAAGAAACACGAGGAUGGUCCCAUGUGUUGGUGAAUUUCCAUAGGGUGUGGGUUAUUCAUACGGCCGUUUUCUGGUAUUACACAGCAUUCAAUUCCCCAACAUUGUACACAAGCAAUUAUCAACCUCAUUUAGAUAACCAACCAACAACCCAGGCCAGAUUGUCAGUAUUAUCACUUGGUGGGGCCGUCGCCAUCAUUGUUGAUAUCAUAAGCUUGCUAUUUGAACUUCGAUUCAUACCUCGAAAGUGGACUGGAGCUCAGCCCAUAACCAAAAGAAUGGUUUUAUUAAUUUUGACCCUUAUGUUGAAUGUUGCUCCCAGUGUAUAUUUGUUUGUGGUUUACCCCUUGAGUGCACAAAAUACUAUUGGUUUAGUCAUGUCAUCACUACAAUUUGCAUUCUCCAUAUUGGUGGUUUUAUACUUGUCGGCAGUUCCGUUGGGAAAGUUAUUCAGUAAGACUCCCAAGCCAAAUGAUCGAAGAUUCUUACCUCAAAGGUCAUUUGUUACGAAUUUUUAUUCUUUGACAGAAGGUGAUAGAAUUGCAUCAUAUGGUUUGUGGUUUGCGAUAUUUGUGUCCAAAUUUCUUGAAUCGUAUUUCUUUUUAACGCUUUCAGUUCGAGAUCCAGUUCGUGAAUUGAGUAUCAUGCUGGUGCAUAGAUGUACUGGAGAGGAAUGGAUUGGUGCCUGGUUGUGUUCAAGACAGCCAACUAUUGUUUUAAUAUUGAUUUAUGUCACAGAUUUGGUAUUGUUCAUCUUGGACACCUAUUUGUGGUACAUUGUAUGGAAUACAGUAUUUUCUGUUUGUCGUUCUUUUUAUAUUGGAGUUUCUAUUUGGACUCCAUGGAGGAACAUUUUCUCAAGAUUGCCCAAAAGAAUAUUCUCAAAGAUUAUAUCUGUUUCUGGUGAUAAAAAUGUCAAGGCUAAAAUGCUUGUUUCACAAGUCUGGAAUUCGAUUAUUAUUUCCAUGUAUAGAGAGCAUUUAAUAUCGUUGGAACAUGUUCAAAAACUAAUUUAUAAACAGAUUGAUAACCCUGCAGUGGAAGGUGGUUCAGUAUUGAAAGAACCAAUAUUCUUUGUCUCUCAAGAAGAUCAAUCAAUUAAAUCAUCUAUGUUCCAAGAUCAAUCUGAAGCACAAAGAAGAAUUACAUUUUUUGCACAAUCAUUGUCUACACCUAUGCCAGAAGUCAGUCCUGUUCAUUUAAUGCCGUCUUUUACUGUUUUAAUUCCUCAUUACAGUGAGAAGAUAACUUUAUCAUUAAGAGAAAUUAUCCGUGAAGAGGAACAAUACUCACAUGUAACUAUGUUGGAAUAUUUGAAACUGUUGCACCCAUUAGAAUGGAGCUGUUUUGUCAAAGAUACAAAAAUGCUUGCUGAAGAAUUUGAAACUGAUUCGUCAUCAGCAGAGUUUAGAAAGGAGAAACUAGACGACCUUCCUUACUAUUCUGUUGGAUUCAAAGUUGCCACUCCUGAAUAUAUUCUAAGAACACGAAUCUGGGCCUCGUUAAGAUCCCAGACUCUAUACAGAACCAUUUCCGGGUUUAUGAACUAUUCUCGUGCUAUAAAGUUAUUAUUUGAUGUUGAAAACCCAGAUCUGACCAAAUUUGGUAGCGAGAAUGAAAAAUUAGAACAAGCAGCUAUUAUGGCUCAUAGAAAGUUCCGUAUUAUCACCUCGAUGCAAAGAUUGAAAUAUUUCACUCCAGAGGAAAAGGAGAAUACAGAGUUUUUGUUGAGGGCAUAUCCGGAACUUCAGAUAUGUUAUCUUGAUGAAGAAGUUGAUGAAUCUACCGGUGAAGUGGUCUACUAUUCGGCAUUGGUGGAUGGUAGUUGUGCAAUUUUAGAAAAUGGCGAACGUGAACCUAAAUAUAGAAUUAGAUUAUCAGGUAAUCCAAUCCUUGGAGAUGGUAAAUCGGAUAACCAAAAUCAUUCAUUGAUUUUCUGCAGAGGUGAAUAUAUCCAGCUUGUGGAUGCUAAUCAAGAUAAUUAUUUGGAAGAAUGUUUGAAGAUUAGAAGCAUCUUGGCUGAGUUUGAAGAAGCCACUUUUCCAAUUGAUCCAUAUGCAACGGAUUUACAAGGUACAGAACUGGCUUAUCCGGUAGCUAUCAUUGGCACUAGAGAAUAUAUUUUCUCAGAAAACAUUGGGAUCCUUGGUGAUGUUGCUGCCGGUAAGGAACAAACUUUUGGUACUUUGUUUGCUAGAACUUUGGCUCAUAUUGGUGGUAAGUUACACUAUGGACAUCCUGAUUUCUUGAAUGGAAUUUUCAUGACUACUAGAGGAGGUGUAUCAAAGGCACAAAAAGGAUUACAUUUGAAUGAAGAUAUUUAUGCCGGUAUGAAUGUUGUAUUAAGAGGUGGCCGAAUCAAACACUGUGAAUAUAUGCAAUGUGGUAAAGGAAGAGAUUUGGGUUUUGGGUCAAUCUUGAAUUUCACUACAAAAAUUGGUGCUGGAAUGGGUGAACAAAUGUUGUCGAGAGAGUAUUUCUACAUGGGGACCCAACUUCCUUUGGAUAGAUUUUUAUCGUUCUAUUAUGCCCACCCUGGAUUUCAUUUGAACAACUUGUUCAUUAUGUUAUCAGUACAUUUAUUUUUACUUGUGGGUGCAAACCUUGCAGCAUUAACUAGUGAAAGUACUAUUUGUGAAUAUGACAAAUUUAGGCCAGUAACCGAUCCUAAGCGUCCAGCUGGUUGUUCAAAUUUAAUUCCCGUGGUUCAUUGGUUGCAGAGAUGUAUCUUUUCCAUCUUCAUAGUGUUUGUUAUUUCGUUUGUGCCAUUGGCAGUGCAAGAAUUGACUGAAAGGGGAUUUUUCAAAGCCAUUACAAGAUUGGGUAAACAGUUUGCUUCUUUUUCUCCCUUGUUUGAAGUUUUUGUUUGCAAGAUAUAUGCACAUUCACUAUCGAGUGAUAUAUCCAUUGGUGGAGCACGAUAUCUUGCCACGGGAAGAGGUUUUGCUACUAUAAGAGUUCCCUUUGCGACUUUGUAUUCUAGGUUUGCCCUGGAAAGUUUAUAUUAUGGUUCGCUUUGUGGGUUGUUGAUUUUCUAUUGUUCUAUAAGUAUGUGGAAGUUGCUGUUGGUGUAUUUCUGGAUCACGAUACUUGGAUUGUUGAUUUGUCCAUUCUUGUACAAUCCUAACCAGUUUUCGUGGAACGAUUUCUUUUUGGAUUACAGGGACUAUAUUCAAUGGUUACAUCGUGGUAAUAGCAAACCACGUAUUUCCUCGUGGAUAAAUUUUACCAGAUUGAAACGAAGCAGAAUUGUUGGUGUUAAAAGCAAACGAUAUAGUUUGAAUGAAGAGAUUAAAGUUGUUAGUGAAGUUAAACCUUCCAGGUUUAAACUUGUGCUUUCUGAGUCGGCAUUACAGCUUGGUGUGAUAUCACUUGUUGCCUUUGCUUACUUGUUUUGCAACUCACAGAAUGAGACACGAGGUACUUACCCUGUGAAUAGUAUUUUGAGAAUACUUAUUGUCAGCUUUGUUCCAAUUGGUGUGAAUUUCGUUAUUUUAACUGUGUGCUUUAUCAUUUCUACAGUUACAGGUCCCGUGCUUACUUUGUUUUGCAAGAAGUUCCCAUCAUUUGUAGCAGCAAUAGCACAUCUGUUAGCUGUGGUGAAUCAUGUAUUUUUCUUUGAAUUUUUGUGGCUAUUGCAGAAUUGGAAUUUUUCAAUAACGGUUCUUGGGUUCUCGUUGUCGGUGCUUAUUCAAUGUUGGUUUUUGCAAAUGUUAAUGAUUAUAUUUGUAUCAAGAGAAUUUAGGCACGAUAGGUCCAACCGUUCGUGGUGGUCAGGUAAAUGGGCUACUGCGGGUCUUGGAUGGUAUAUUAUAACUCAACCUUUGCGUGAAGCAUUUUGCAAGUUGACAGAAAUGUCAUAUUUUGCAGGUGAUUUAAUUGCAACUCAUAUCAUUUUGUAUGCCCAGAUUCCAAUAUUGUUGAUACCUUAUGCUGAUAAGUGGCAUACGCUAAUGUUAUUUUGGUUGAAGCCAAGUAAUCAAAUUCGUCCUAGAAUAUUAUCCAAGAGGCAAAAGAGAAGACGGAUAUUUCAAGCUAAUUUAUAUUUGAUUGUAUUUGUGUUUGGGUUUGUUUUGUUUUCUAGUAUUUUUGUUUUACCAAUAGUUGCUAACAAGUAUUUGGAUAUUGAUUUUACUGGGUAUAUUCCAGAGUUUAUUCAUCCAAUAGUACAGCCUAAUACAGCCCCUUCAAAUAAAAAGGGUUUACGGAGAGGUCUUGAGAUCAAGCAUUAUUAG